AUGAAUUUGCGCUCUGCGUCCAACCUCCUGGCACAACUCACACACGCCCUCGGGAAAGAUUCUGCCCAAGCCGAGCUUCGGUGGAUGAGGCAAACCCUCAGCCAUCCUCCUCCUGGCUUACCGUCGACCGCUGGAAGCUUGGAAGAGAUGGUGGCUCGUCGGAUCAGUGGAGAACCUCUACAGUACAUCCUGGGAUCACAACCAUUUGGGCCGCUCAACCUUGCCGUGCGCCGCCCUGUCCUCAUCCCACGACCGGAGACGGAAGAUUGGACUUUGCGCUUAUCGGAAAUGCUCACGCCGACCGCGUCAAACCCGGUGAAGCUGCUGGACCUCUGCACCGGCACAGGCUGCAUCCCUCUCCUCCUUUGUCACCAAUGGCCGCAGGGGGCCGUGAACGCCACCGGCAUUGAUAUCAACCCCGCAGCGGCACAGCUCGCCGAACUCAACGCCCAAUUGAACGGGCUUCCCGUCGACGCCGACAACACCAAGCGCCCACGCCCUCUGCAGCCUGCCCGCAACCGCUUUUCAACCGAGGUAGCCGACCUUCUGCGUGAUGACUUCACAGCGCAAGCACACCUCGAGCCUCCGUAUGACGUCAUCACGGCCAACCCACCCUACAUCCCACACGACGAAUACUCGGAACUACCGGCUUCGGUCAAAGACUACGAGGACGUCCGCGCACUGCUCGGCGACUCCCCCGACGCCGCCAGGCUUGGCCUCUCCCCUACCGAUCGCACCAAGGGCCUCACCUUCUACCACCGUAUCGCUGCGCUCGUGGGCGCUGGGCUUCUGCGGCGUGGAGGCGGCGUGCUCGUCCUCGAGGUCGGCAGAGGGCAGGCAGUGGACGUCGCAGCCAUCGUUGAGCGUACCGCGCGACUCAGCGAUAUCACGGUAUGGAAGGAUCCAUGGGACAUAGAACGCGUCGUUGUUGCGCGUAGCUGA